CGUCAUAAGCAGCAGGUCAGGAGCCAAGGUCAUAUACUCCGACUCUGCCUCCAGAAAAGAGACUUUCCUGCACAGGUCCGGUCACUCCUGGACCCUCAAAGGCAUUAGCAAGCAGAGGCUGAGGAUGAUUGCCUCUUGGAAGGAGCAGCCACAGGUCCCACAGACUGGAGGAAGCCUGUCCUCCCUCAGGUUCCCCAUUCCCACCUAAGGACAGGCUAGGGAAGAUGGACUCACAUUCCUGGUCCUAGGGGCUACCCGACUCUAGAUCCAAAGGCCUCACUUCCUCUGGAGGCUAGACCUGCCACUGGGGGGCUGUGCGGUGACCAGUUCAGUGGACCCUGAGUCUGAGCAUGGCAGCUGCUUCCUUGGCUCCUGCGAGGUGAAGACAUCACGUCCUGGCUGGCUGUAAACUCAGCGAGUGGCAGGGGUGGAGGAAGGAAGGAGCAAGGGCCCUCCCCUGCUGGCUCCCCCUCCCCUUGGACUCCCCCUCCCUUUCCAGGCCGGGAUAUAAGCCCCGCAGGGAAAGCGCCGAGCAGAGGCCGCAUCUCCACCUACAGCAGUCGUGCCCUUGAGGCUGCCAGCACCUUCCACCUCCUGCUCCUGCUCGCCUCGCCUCGCUUUGGGAGCUGUCGCUAUGGUGACGGUGCGCAGGCCGGCGCCCGCCACGGCCACAGUGCUGCUGGCUCUCCUCGCCUGCUUGGGAGCGCUAGUCGACGCCUACCCCGCCAAACCCGAGGCCCCGGGCGAAGAUGCCUCCCCCGAGGAGCUGAGCCGCUACUACGCCUCCCUGCGCCACUACCUCAACCUGGUCACCCGGCAGCGGUAUGGGAAACGCGACAGCCCGGAAGCUCUUUUCUCUAAGCUGCUCUUCCCCGACGGCGAUGACCGCCCAGUCAGGUCGCGGUAAAAGCGUCCUCCUCACCACACACUGGCCCCUGGAGCAUGACCCGGCCCACGGGACUCGCCCUGGCACCACCACUUAAGACUUGCCCCGGCCUCGCCUCCCCAGAUGCGAUUCCUUUCCAUUCCCUCCUGCGGGCUAGAAGGCGCCUACAGGUGGAGAAGACCCUCAAGGCCUCCUGGGAAAUAUGCUAAAUACACCGACAUCAUUUGCAUAUUGGGUUCUGAGUAGGG